UGCGCGGUCUAUUGUCUAUUCCUAUUCUUAUACGUUUAUGAAACAGAGUUGUGUCCCCUUCCGCUUUCGGGAGCUCUGACCUGCUCUGACCCGCGACUAUGCACCGUCCUUCAGGUCCAUGGAGCAGAUAGCAGUCUCCUCUCCUUACUCUCCUUUCCUCUCUUUAGCACGUAGUACAAUUACGUACAUACAUUGUCGUACGUACGUGUGCAUACGUGUAGCGUAUGCGUAAUUGUGGUGAGCUCCGCAGUUCGUGGGAGGUUUUUUGGACUUAGGCGAAGGCGAAUGUCGAAUUUUCUUACCGUGGGACGGAGAUGCGCGUGUCAGGAGACCGCGGGAAAAUGAAUAAUGACGAAGUGGCCAGGAAGUGAAAAAUGAUCGAAGCAAAAUGAGGAGGACGUACAACACUGCAGCAGAUGCCCGGAUGUCUGAUUGCCUCGAACAAACUAGACGUUUGCACAAGGGCAUAACAGAUAUUGCAAAGAGAUUGGAAGAACAAAAGAGUUGUGCAUUGACGAUUACAGACUUCUUUACUCCCUCAGGGGAAGUAUUACGCGUGAAGCUUAAAGAUUAUUGUGUGAGGUUAAUAACAAAAGAUGCUGUUGGGUAUGCACGUAAAACUGAAGAGUUGUUAUGGAGAAAAGCAUUCUAUGAUAUCGUUCAUGCAUCUAAAAAAUUGAGAAAGGGUAAUGCAUGGACUGAAACAGAAAAAGCAAUGCUGUCUAUUCAUUUGGCAGUAGGUGUUGGAUUUUACCACCACUUAAUACUGAAGCUGCAAUUACAAUAUGGUUUGGAUCUAGUUGGUGCUAUUGACUUUGCAUUUAUGCAGAACGUGUCUAGAUUAUCAAGUGCAAAGGCUAAGGCGAGUCAGUCCAAACAUGAUACAGAAGAAACGAAACAGUGUGUAACGCGCUUAAUUCAUAGAAGUUUGGUAUGCCUCGGAGACUUAGCUAGAUAUAAAUUAGAGUUAGAUCCAUAUUGGGAUCCGAUGAUAGCAAAGAGGUAUUAUAAAAUGGCUAUAGCAAUUGAUCCGAGUAUUGGAAUGCCGCAUAAUCAAUUGGGUACUGUAGCAGGCAAUAAAAAUCAUGGACUUGACGCUGUAUACCACUACAUGAGAUGCGUUUUAUGUGCCGAGCCAUUCGAGGGUGCAGAAGGAAAUUUAAAGAGAGCUAUUGUCACCCAUUCUAUUUGCACCGAUGAGAAAUCUUCUACACAUAUGUGUGUAUCAAGGUUGUUUUCGCUAUUGCAAUUAUGGGAUUACGACGUACCAAAUUCUGAUCGAAUAAAUCAAGAAUGUCAGGAUCUUCUGACUAGCAUUGAAAACUGCUUGAGUGCAGAGCAGGCUGAAUCAAACGACGCAAAUUUUAACAAGAACGAGGGCAACAUCGAAGCGUACCUUGAAAGUGGCAAAAACGAGCAAACGAAUUAUUUAACGGACGAUAUGUUGUUCAAAAUCGUGGCUAUUUGUCUGAUGUCUAUCUCAAGAUUGAAAAGUAAAGAAUCUAGCGAGGUGCAAGGCGUAGUCGCCAUAACUUUGGCAGUGCUGUCUCAACUAAUACAAUUUACUAUAACGAGAUUGCAAGAAUCUUUUAUAGACUUGCCGCUACUCGACAUAGAAUCUAACAUGAAGGUUAACAGCAACGAGUCUGUGAAUCCUACUGCAAAAAGUAAGCAGGCAAACUUGAGCGAAAAUGAAUCUAAAGUUAUAAAUAAUAGCAACAAUUCUUCAGAGAAAGUAAAUGAAAAUAAUGGAGAUAUUUGUAAUGGUGUGCGAAAAAUUCGAGACAAGACUAAAAGUUUGCUCACAAAGCUUCGAAGACGAAAACGCCGGAACAGUAGUGAUUCAGAUGCGAGUGAUAUUGAUCCCACUAUGGGAUCCUCUAGUGACGAAAUAAUCUCUGAUGUCUCUGAAACAGAGGACGAUGUAUUAAGCGAAAACGCCUUAUCAGAAGACGGACUAUCUGAAGAUAUUACUGACGACGAAGCUGCGUCGAAACGAAAUAAAGAAAAUUCUGAAGUGAAGAAGAUGAAUGGGCAUGUGAAGAACAGCGAAACAGCCGAUGGGGUCAAUGAUCAUUUACAAAAUGGUGAACUAGUACUGGAGAAUCGGAUAGGGAAGAAAGAUAAAGACUCGGGAAGUACUACUAAUUGUAAUAGUACUUUCGAUGAGAAUAAAUCUGUGGACAGAGUGACGUAUAUUGCUCAAAUCAAAAAACAGAACUUGAAACCAGAAGAUGUCUUGAAUAUCAUAACCGGGAAAGACAUAUUGGGGUCCAUUAAAAUUUGUUUUGAUUGGUUGAGAAGCAACCCGGACAUUAUACGAAUAUGCGGGAAAAGCUCACGAACUUUGCUUAAACGUGUUACGAUUCUAUUAAAUUUAAUCAACAUGGACAUAGAACUGUUGUUGAAAAAUUUUAAAGACGAUAGCAUAAUAUUGUCAAGCGCGGAUAAAUUGAAAGAAUGUGUCAAGAUUGUUCCAUUGCCAGAGGAUAUUGAUUUAAGAGGGUUGAAUGUUUUAGACGAAGCUCAGAAAUCUUUAAACUGGAAGAUACUGUACAAACAUAAAAUGAACAAGCGAGAAGAAACUUUAUUAAGAGCGUUGAAGAUGGUCGAAUUCGGGCAUUUUCUCAGUUCCGUGGAGGAUGCUGGAGUGAAGUAUGAACAAACGAAACAGUUAUUCGUAACAGUCGACGUAAACCAUUCUAAUAGCAAGAACAGUGGUAAAGAUUGGGAAAUAGAUCACUCGCGUGGAAAGUUGAUGAGACACAUGGGAAAAUUGUGGUUGAAGGCAGAAGUUUGUGCCCUGGAAACUCGUUUAAGAUCCAGACUUAUGUCUCCUUACUUGGUUCCUGAUCACGAGGCUUUAUCCAAACAUACGCCGGCUUUAAAGCGUUUGGUAUAUGCUAAAAAGUUUAUUGUUGUGAUUCCUAGCGCUGUUGUUUCUGCACUGGACGAAGUGAAACGCAUCAGUGGCCGUGCAAGAGAAGCUACGCGAUGGCUGGAAGCUCAAUUGAAGCGUGGUUCUAGAUUCUUACGAGCUCAAAGACCUCACGAACGUUUGGCGCUACCAUUUAUCAAAGGUCCAAGGCCGAAGGAUAAGGAGGCAUGGUUGUUCUUUCAAAUUAUAGAGUGCUGUCACUAUCUUACCCAACAGACAAAAGUUAGUACGACAGACGCUGAAACACCGAUUGUAACGUUAUUGACUGGAUGUAACCCAGACGAGAAAAGAGUCCUCACUUUUAGCCCUGAAGGUUUAGCAAAGAGUGCAGGUGUCAAUAUUGAAUAUAUUGAAUCGUUCCACACAAAAUGGAAGGCGUCAAGUAAGAGUCACGGUUGAACGUAUUCGAUUAACGAAGAUGAUCAUCUGCUGCUUCCUCGUACUGAAGUGAGAAAGGUGAAAGGACUGGCCCUUCUUGUAAGCUGUGAACAAGGUGACGCUAUGGCCGAAGCUAAGCGGGCAAGUCAAAGAGGGCUGGAAACCCAGAAAGGAAAAUCGACGGUUCUCCUACAAUAAAAUCAGUGGACUGAUAUCUCAUUAUUUUCCAUGAACAAAGAAUUCUAAACAAAAUAAAAAUGGUUUCCUUUCAAUGCACUCGUAUCAUCCUUCGUGUUAAAAAUGUAUUUUUAGGGAAAUAUUCUUCUAGUAAAAGAUAAACUUGGCUUCCUAAUCUGUCCGUGCAUCGAUUGAAUUUACCGAAGACAGGAAAUUCAGAACAGAGAAGUGAAUUAAUAAAAAUUGUUUCUUAA